AUGUCCCGCAAAGCUCCGAAAGCAAUAUGUUACAGCCUUUCAGAAUCCGCAGACUUUAGAUUUAGUUGUGCAGUAACUCAAAAAAAUACAAGACAUCAAUAUGUGCAAAACACACUACAAAAAUUGGAGCUUAGUCCUGGUGCUCACUUAUCCACCCUGUGGGCAAAAAACCAUGGCAAACAUAUUGAACGUACCAAAAGAUCUCAUUUACUUCGAACUAGGAUAGCAAAUCAACCAGAGUUCAAAAAGAGACGUCAGCAGCUAAAGAAACUUUGUUCGCAAUUAAGAAAAUCGAAAGAGCUUGUCGAUGAAGAUACAUACGAAAGUAAUGUAAGCUUGUUGACUAUACCUACUGAAAAAAAUUUUGAUCUUAAAGUAACAGUAGACGUCAAUGCUGAGAAUUUGCCACAGUUAUCAACGAAUUAUCCAAUACCUUCAUCAGCAUCGAAUGUAAAUGGUCUUACAAAAGAUGGGCGAGAUUUGUUGUUACACGGGAAGAAAGUCCCGUCGCAUUCAUUGCGAAUUGUACUAGGAGAAUUUCUCAAAUUUCUGAUUGACUGUGAUAAGAAAUGUAUUUUAUUAGCACAUAAUUGCAGCUUCGAUGCUCCUCGUCUAGUCAAAAUAGCUUGCGACUCUCCAUAA